GAUGAACUUAGCUCUAAUUUAUCUGUGCAUGAAAAUUAUCUUUUAAAAUACGUUGACAAUCACAUUCCUAGUCUUGUGGAACUUUUGCCACAAGUUCUUCGUCGAGAUGCCUAAACUAAUGGCAGUUUGUCGACUAAGGCACUACCCCCUCUCCUACCUUUUUGGUACCACCAAUGGGAGACCACCUAACGGUACCUGAGCGAUUUUCACAAAAGAGAAUUGCAACAAUUGUGUUAUCUAGCAGGCAAUCGACUAUUGCUCUUACUUCUUCCACUAUUUCUACGGGUCGACCAGGUAUACUUAAGCUACCAAGCACCCUCCACCGUCCAAUAACCAGAGACUACUCCCGUACACGCCCCGCCUCAGCGUUUGUCUUCAGCUUCUUGGUGUGUGUCAUAUCCAUCAAAUAAAAGAGAUCGCAAAAGCCAUCUCACACGUACUACGAAACUAGAAGGUACUCUUAGGACAUCGCUAGCGUAGAGAAGCGAGAUUUUAGUGGCGGCGUUGUGCGGUUUGAGUAUAUCCAGUUUGACUCCGACCGCGGUCAGUAAUAGUUCGCAAAACGAGCGGGUUCCAUUUUUCGAGAGGGAACCACCAAUGUUAAGUUGGGGGAGGUGCUGUUAUGUUUCAGAUACCGAAGGAAUUACCUGGUUUGGCAACCAGCAACUAUAUCCGAUAUACUCUCUAUGUUAUCAUGGUGAUUGGUCAAUUCACUCCUUGCAUUGCGGAAUGCAAUACGAUUCAGUGGUGGACCGAUCCUUGCAACAAUACACCUGCCCCACCCAUGAUGGAGAAAUACAGACAUGGCAGAAGUGCAGAGCGUAAUGUGGUGGUGAUAAAUCAGCUGAAGAUGCUCAUCAUUAAGAGCAGGAAGGACCUGAAGGAUAUGGAGAGGUUGUACAGGAAUGAGACUGGAGGCGUUAAACAUCUGAGGCAUACUUUUGAAUGGCUCAACACAACAGAGAUGGUGAGGAGGAUAAAAUCUCCGAAGAACUUCAAGAUUAAGUUGCGAAGGCUGCAUCCGUACUUACAACGAUUUGCAGGAGCGCUAGAAAUCUUAUCCAGUACCUCCAUCAAUUCCCAGGGCCACUUCAACAAGAACAAAAGAAAUGGGAUAAUCUACGAGGCCAAGAAAAAUCUCAGGGGUCUCAUCUGCGAGGUAAACCAAGCCAUACCGAGCAGAUUUCGAAGAAAACUGUGCCUGGAGAAGAUGCACAUCGGCUUGCCCACCCAAAUGAACCUGACAGAUUCGUAUUUUUACGACGUACAAAUCUUGAAAAAUCUCAAACGGUUCCUCACGCAAAUAGAGAAGAAAGGUCUGAAACUGAGACUCAAGAAGAAACAUCGGAAGCAUGUCUGAUAGGUUCACAACGCGAAUAGGUUUAGGAUUUUUUUUACAUUUUUCUGUGAUAAUACUCUUAGAUAAUAAUGUGAUAUUCCCCCUUUACGCUAUCGAAUCGAUAAAUCACAAAAAAAAUUCAAAUUCCCCAAUAGCUAAAAAAAAAUCAGAAAUGUGUAAAAUUUAAAUUUUGCGAUUUUUUCAUUCGACACCUACUAGCGUUUUUUGAUAAGAAGACGCUUUUUUUUGGUCGAUAACUCGCAGCAAAAACACUACUUUGAUGAGUGACGUGAAGUAAUAAAAUCCUGAAAGUCAAUUUCCAAUGACAAACCCCAGAUUUCUAUAGUCACCAAAUAUCGAAAAAUUAUUUUUUUAUUUCUUAAACGUAUUCGAUAGCUCAAUUAAGUUGACAAUAUCAGUAUUCUCUGUACAAUUUGUAUGUAAUUUUUGUAUAUUUUUGUAUAGAUUUUCUCGAUUCUAGUUGUUAAUGUUUCACAUUCCAUGUCAGUAGGACAACCGUAUUUAAUUUAUUUAAUUUAUUUCAAUCUAAUUUAUUCGCCGACUCAUGAAAAUGGUUGUAUUAGGAUGUGAAAAUCGAUUUUAAUCGAAUAUUGUAAAUAUGUAUUCAAGUACGACUUUGAAUAGUUCCUCUUUUUACUUUUGUAUUUAUUUUGUACUUAAUAAAUAUUUCGAAUAAAAA